CCCGCAGUAGGAAGAGAGGAGGGGAAAAGGAAGGAAGGACAGAGAAAGAGAGAGAGAGAAGAGAAGAGAGAAGGGGAGAAUAGUGAGCUGUUUGUUUUCUCUGUGUGUCGCUUUGAAUAGCGGUUAAAAGAGGACUUUACUCAGAAGAGCGCUCUGAUUAGAAUAGUUCUCGGAGCGUAUUUGCAAGCGCUUUGCAUGCUCUUCCUGCAGACACUCUCUCUCUCUCACACAUACACACACACACUCUCUCACAGAGCUUAGAGCAGCACACACACACACACACUCGCCCGCGCGGACACGUGUUGAGCGCUUUGUGGCUACUUUCCUGUAUUCUACCAGCAGCAGCAGCAGCUGAACUGCACUAGCUCCAGCCUCUUGAAGUUACACUACUUCUACACCGCUUCUGUGUCUGAACACGGUGUUUGACGGGGUCGCUGGAUGUCGCGCUGUUUCCUCGCACUCCCUUAUUAAAGCCAGCAGAUCUUCUUCUUAUUCAGGUAACUAGAGGUUCUGAAUCAGCUCUGAGCAGCUCCUCCAACACGGCGAGGAAAAAAAACCCGCGGCCGACUCUCACCCUCUCCUCUGUGGACUAUGGCGGCGGUAACUAGCCCAGAAUCGAGCCCCCAGCCCCGGGUUUACUUCCAGACUCCCCCCGCUACCGAAGAGACCGAGACGCCGGUAAGAAAACAGGGACGCGUCACGGUGAAAUACGACCGAAAAGAGCUGAGAAAGAGACUCAAUCUGGAGGAGUGGAUCAUUGACCAGCUAACUGAGCUGUACGACUGCGAGGAGGAGGCUAUUCCUGAGCUGGAGAUAGAUGUGGAUGAGUUGUUGGACAUGCAGGAUGAUGUUGAUCGUGCUGCACGUGUUAAGGAGUUGCUGGUAGACUGUUACAAACCUACAGAAGACUUUGUAUCUGAGUUGCUGGACAAAAUCCGUGGGAUGCAGAAACUCAGCACACCUCAGAAGAAAUGAUGCUGCCCCACCUUAGCCCCUCCCCCACCUGCAAACUCCUCCUACUCCUUCUCUCCCACUUCAUGCUCAAGCUGCCUGCCUGUACAGAGGUGCUCCACCAGUAAUCAUCAGGUGGGGAGGAGAUGAAUGAGAAUUAAAUGAGGACAUGUGGGGAUCUAGCCAAUCAGAUUCUUAUAAGCAGGGCUUAUUUUUUCAUUAUUUUGUUAACGUUAUAAUAUUUGUAUUUUUUUUUUGUAAAAGGGGAAUUUUUUGGUGUGUUUAAGGAUUUGUAGAAAUCUGUUAUGUUUCUACACAUAUAACUCUGCAUAUUUUCAGGUUUUAGGAAGCUUGUUGAUUUUUCUUAGUUUGUUUUCCUCUGAUGCAAUACUGUGUAUGUGCCCUAGUGGCCACACUCACUAGAAACUUGCUGUUUUCUUGUUAAUAGACUAUGCUAUGAUUAUUACUGCGCUUUGGUGAGUUUGGAAGAGAUGAGAAAGAAGCGGCCUUGUCCAUUUUUUAAAUGUGUUUUUGUUUCUUUCAUCUUGUAUGUAUCACAUAGUUUGCAAGGGCUUUUCUAAGAAACUAGACCUUUAUUUGUAGUAAAAAACAAUGGGAAGAGAGGAGAGAAGGGGGUCUGUAAUUAAGGAGGGAAGAAAAUUGAAGCAGGAGAGAUAAAAAAAAAAAUACCUCACUCAUGGCAUCAAAAUACAUACACACUGUGAUAAACACACAUUUACAAUCAAGCACGACUGUCCCCACCCUUUGAGUGUGUAAGUGUGUAUAUAUAUAGUUAUAUAUCUGUUUUAAAAGGGUGUAGGAGAAUUUGAAAUAUUAUUGAUCAUUCAGUAUCAAGAAUGUGAAUAAGACUGCCAGUUUAUGAAGUUCUGCUGAAUUAAUCUAUAUUCUCCCUCACUGCCAAUCAAGCCCCAAUAACACGUAAAUUAACAAGUUUACUGUGUUUACAGUGUGUAUGAGUGCAUGUUAACAGUAUCCACAAUAUGCUCAUACCAUAUUCACAUGAUACUGAGAUCAGGGCAUCAUAUUGCUCACCUCUGCUUAAAGGGACCAGAAGAAAUCUGAUACAGUAUAAUAAAGAUGAAAGAACAUCCCUUUAACUACACAGCUCAUUGUCUCUCUCUUUCUCUCCCAUUGUUAGUACCACUCACUCUGUCUGGCUUUCUCUAGUCCUCAGUAGUCUCUCCAUUCUAUUUCCCUCCCCUUUUCCAGUACUCACCCUUUUCCAGAACAAUCACACCCUUUCCUCUUUUCCCUUUUUUAUAUCAGAUGUUGCCUUAGGUCAUAUAUACGUGUCACACAAACCAAAUAAAUCGAGGCAUUCAUUUGAAGAACCUAUAAACAUGUAAAAAAUGAAAACUUAAAAAAAAUCUCCCUGUUGUACUUUCUUACCUUCUUUUCAAUUAUUCUGUUUUCUAGAAAUAAAGGUUGACUAGAUUUAACAGACAGAUUUUUAGAUGCAGACAUUAACAUUUUACAUUUUUUAUUACUGUGUGUAGCGUGUACUGCAUCCAACAGUGCUGUUGAUCUGCUCUGUUUUCUUACAACUGCAGCACAGACAAAUGUAAUAAGAUUAACGGAAUAUAACAAGAGACAGGGUGUAUUAGAAAAACAUCUGUUAUUAGAGUGUGAUCCAAGGUCAUCUUUGGAAACGAAAAAGGAAUUAUAAGAAGAUGUAGCAAUACUAAAAUGUCCCGUUUGCCCAGUUUUUGUUACACUUUUGUGCAACUUUAAUAAAAAUAUCUGAAAUGCCAA